ACAAAUGAUGCGGGAUUCCAGCCUGGCACCAGCUCAACUCAAUUUUGCCAAAAAUACUCCUUGUUUGUUUCACGUUCCACACUCCAAAAAUCCCCAUGCCACACACAUACUAAACUCAGACACAGACACACACACAGACACACAGAGACACACCACCUGGUCCACCUCUCUAUCUUAUCUCACCACCGAUCAUCACCACCACCAUGCCACCGGACCUCCACUCUCUUACCACCACCAUCCUCCUAUUCCUAGCCCUCAAUUUAGCCGCUACGGUGGCAUUAGCGGCGACAGUUUCUACAACCGUCGUCGCAGACCUCCCGGAAUUCCAAGAAGCCCCGGAAUUCCGAAACGGAAAAGAAUGUAACCACCACAACCCCUCCAUAAUCCACAUAGCCAUGACCCUCGACACCACCUACCUCCGCGGCUCCGUCGCCGGAGUCUUCUCCGUCCUUCAACACGCCACCUGCCCUGAAAACAUCGUCUUCCACUUCCUCUCCUCCACCACCACUCACCGCCGUAACUCCGCCGAUCUCCGCCGCACCAUCCUGACCACCUUCCCUUACCUCUCCUUCCACCUCCACCACUUCGACACAAACCUCGUUAAAAACAAAAUCUCGUCCUCCAUCCGGCGCGCCCUCGACCAACCCCUGAACUACGCCCGCAUCUACCUCGCCGACCUCAUCCCCAUUUCCGUCAAUCGCAUAAUCUACUUCGAUUCCGACCUCAUCGUGGUCGACAACAUAGCCAAUCUGUGGUCUAUCGACCUCAAAUCCCACGUCCUCGGUGCCCCCGAGUACUGCCACGCCAAUUUCAGUUCCUAUUUCACCAACAAAUUCUGGUCCAUACCCAUUUUCUCAACAGUCUUCUCAAAUCGAAACCCAUGUUAUUUCAACACGGGUGUGAUGGUAAUCGAUCUUCAAAAAUGGAGACAAGGGAAGUACACUGAGAAGCUUGAGAAUUGGAUGAGAUUACAGAAGAGGUAUAGGAUCUAUGAGUUGGGUUCUUUGCCUCCAUUUUUACUGGUUUUUGCUGGGAAUGUGGAGAGCAUUGAGCAUCGAUGGAAUCAACAUGGGCUCGGUGGAGACAAUGUUCAAGGGUUGUGUAGAGAUCUGCACCCUGGUCCGGUCAGUCUGUUGCAUUGGAGUGGGAAAGGGAAGCCAUGGCUAAGACUUGAUUCCAAGAAACCUUGUCCGUUGGAUAGCUUGUGGGCACCGUACGAUCUGUUCCGUCAUGCACCGUUGUUUUCUGAUAGUUGAUGCACUGGAUCAAAACUCGUAUCCCGCGGAAACAAUAAUUGAGUGUGAAAUGACCAAAGAGGACGAAGGUGGGUGGUGUAAAGGGGUAUUGUGUGGAGUGGAAUUGGUGAUUUUUUGGGUAUUUUGUUCUGGUGCGGUCAUGACCAGAGUUAUUGUCGGUGGAAGGUGAAUUGGACGGACUUGAUUUGGGGAAAAAGUUUUGGGUGAUGAUGAUGUAAAGGAAGUGGAUUGGUGCAUUUGUAAUAUUCUGUAAUGUACUCAAGUGUCGGCAGUGUUUGGAUAUGUGAAAAUUCUUUGCUCGUUUAAGUCGUCGGUUGAGUUUCUUUUGGCUUGAUUUUUUUUUAAUUUGUUUUUUGAAUUUAUUACAUUAGAUUAAUUACAUUAGAUUCUUUUAGCUAUUAA